UGCAACAAGCAGCCGCGCACCGUCAUUGCUCUCUAUCAACUCCUCAGUCGGACGGAGGCAGCGGCGAGGAGGACAUCCGCAAACGGCAGCUCCUAGCCGCUGGAAGCUGUACGGUUACUUAUUAAUUUCUUCAUGUUAGACAAGAUUACCAGUGGAGAGGUGCGAUUUAUCUCAGAAAAUAAGAGAUUUGUGAACGACUGCCAGUGCCCAAGUUGAAAGAGACUAAUGGUAAUCAGAAAAAGUGAUACAUUGAGAACAUUGAUAGCGUGCUUCAUUGCUUUCCUUAUUAACAAUGUUGCCUGAGGGGUACUCUGAAGAAGAUUUCAUCUUCGCCAAACUUUUUAAAGGUGUAUGUGAAGUUGGCCAAAUGGUUAUGUGUCAACUUGCAAAGGAUAUAUAUUGUCAUCCUUUAACAGAUGCAGAUAAUGGGCAUAUGCACCUGAAAACUUAUUGUGCAAAUAGGAAUAUAAACUUAAGUAUGAAUUUCUUUCCAAAUUUGAUUGAGACUGAUAUCACUAAAGAAUUCUUUGAUAUAUCAGCAGCAAAUAUAAUUGUGAAAGAUAUCUGUUUAGAUUUUUACAACAGCUUAAGUGAACAGUGUAAAUCCAGUAUAAAAGAUUUAGUAGAAAUGAGGAAUGUAAUUUGUCAUAGAUAUGGAUGCAAAGAGGAUGAUAUGAAAGUAAAACUUAAUCUGGUAAAAACUGUUAUCAAAAACAUUUAUGAAGAAACUGGAAAAAUAUUGAAAAAGAGUUAUGAUUGUGACAUAUCAAGGGCAGAAGAAAUUAUUGACAACAUUAUAAAUGCAAAAUUACAAGACAUCUCUGAUGAUUUUCUGAGUGAUACUGAUAAUUUUAAGAAAAGACUCCGAUUUAAAAUGAUAUCUCAUGGUCGCAAUAAACUUCAUGUCUGCUAUAGUAAGUUGACAGUUCUCAAUCCAUGCACCUGGCUGGGUGAAAUUGACUACAAAAUCCUCACUAAGGACUUUGAUCAUACAAAAUGCUCAAAGAUUGACAGGUUUAAAGUUGACAAGAUUUACACAACACUAAAAAUUGCAGACAAAAGAAGCAAUCUUGAUGUCAAAGACCUGUUGAUUACCACGGAUAGGAAAAGACGUGAAGAAUACAUACCGCAAAUUUUGCUGUUGGAAGGUCAGGCAGGUUGUGGCAAAACAUCUUUGUGUCGUUUCCUCAUUCAUGAAUGGUGUAAGACACUAGGCCCCCACAAGACAGUCUCAGCCAUUAAGGACCUGGAAAAUAUUGAUCUGGUUAUUCUUGUUGAAUUGAGAAGGACUCGGUCAGUCACUUUUGUAGAUUUUCUCAGACAUGAUUUGCUGUACGAUGUAUGCAGGGAUUUCAAGGAUGAAGAUCUUCGGUUUUUACUGGAUGACCUAAAGUUACUGAUUGUUAUUGAUGGUUUUGAUGAAAGAAAAGAUGAUAACUUAACAAUGGAUAUCUUCCAAACAUGCAAAAGUAAACGCAUUAUUCUUUCAACAAGAACAAAAUGCCUUGAUAAUGCUAAAAGUCUUGCCAAGAAAGAGAUGAUGACAUUUUUGUCAAUCAGCAUUUGUGGAUUUGACUACCCUGGACUGAAAGAAUUCUCAGAGAAAGUGUUUCAAGCCAUUGAAGAUAAUCCGGAAAAACGAAAGCAAGAGCUACAAGAAUUCCAGGGAUUGAUUGAUAAGAAGAAACAUAUUGUGAGAGCCAGACAGCACCUAGCAGACUAUCAACUUCCACUCACCAUUGCUUUUAUCAUAAUUCUUUGGAGAGACAAUCCAGAAGUUAUAAAUCAGAUCAGUACAUCAACAUCCUUGUAUUUGGAAAUAUUUAAAUUGUUUCAAAAGAAACUAAAAGAACGUCUGUGCAAACUUGGGAAAAUCAAAGGACUUAAUAAAAAGUUAGAUGCCCUGAUGUUACUCCUUGGUGACAUUGCAUGGAAGAUGCUAAAGGAAGGAAAUUAUAUGUUAACUGAUAACCUGUAUGAAGAUAUUAAGAAAGAAUGUAAAGAGAAGUCAGUGAAUUAUAUGGAACUUUUGUCUGCCUUUCUGAUGUGUGAAACCAAUUACAAUUCUGAUGUUGAUGACCUUGUCUUUAUGUUCUUACAUAAGACACAGAUGGAAUAUCUUGCAGCUGUAUACCUAUAUCAUCAAAUACAGAAGAGGAAGGAGACAGUUAAACAACUUUUCUCCCAAGCAGAAGACUGUCAAGAAGUCUUUGUGUAUCUGAUUGGUUAUAUGGUAAUUAAUAAACAUUUGGAUAGAGAUAUCAUAAGUGCCAUUGUUAAUGGUUUUGCGUACAAAACAAAUGAUUUCACAUUCUGGUGGGAAGUCUAUUCUGAGAGCCUAUAUAAUGAAGAGAUUGGAAGACUGAUUGUUAAUAAACAGUUACAAAGGAAAGAGUUGAUCCUAAAUGAUGAACAUAUUAUCUGUGGGCUUAGGUUCAUGAGCACAGACUUGACAAAAAAACUGACAGCUCUUACGGUAGAUCUUAGACAAGACCCUGAUGAUCUUCCACAGAUACUGGAGGCAUUGAAUGACAUAAAGAAACCUGAGAGGAAAUACAUCAGAACAACAUUAGAAUUUCAUAAGCACUAUCAGCUAGUGAACCAUAGUACCUCUGACAAAUAUCUAAUGCCGUUGAUUUCAUGGGGAAAUCUAACACACUUUGUAGGAAGCUUAGGCAAAGACGGAUGCAAGGUACUUUCUAAUUUCAAAAACCUGGUCAAUAUCAGUGCAAAGCUGUCUGAGCCUGAAGCUAUAAAUUCAAUGAGUUGCUCUUUGAAGAAGCUGAAGAAAGUACGAAAUUUACGAGUCGCCCUCUGCUUACCUCCUGGCUGUGUGCUACCUCCUGACUGUGAUCUGCAUCCCUGUGAUUCUUUAGAAGUGUGGUUUCAUAACAUGGCUGACGAGAAUAAGGAGUGGAUGGUGAAGGAUGUCCUCAACAAGGUAGUAGGAAUGAAUGGUUGCAAAAGAGUACAUCUUCAGAACAGUGAGCUCACUUUUAAUGCCUUGAUGUGGAUUGUAGAAAAUUUACAAGGCAUUGUGAUGGACAAGCUAAUGGUAGAAACAGCCUGGCUCAACGACAGUGAAAUGGAGAUUUUAAAUAAUAAAGCAAUUUUUGCAUUAGAGUUCCUUUAGAGAAACUGAAACUGCUUGUAGAUUUCAUUUUUAUGCAUUGUUACACACGUUUCCUACGCACAUGAAGGCCCUAUCCUCUGUUGUGCAGUUAUAAGUAACUUUCUGCAUGGAACAACACCUGGGUAAGUUAAAGGAGUAUAGUAUGUUAAGGGAUAAUAUUUGUUAUAUACAUUGAUUCAGUUAAAAUAAAUAUACUUGGAAUUAUUUAUAUUUACUUCUGUUUCAGAAACAUUUACUAUAGACAUUUUGCUGAUAAAUAAAACAUGAAUGGGGAUACUUUUAUUUAUUAAUAAGAGAAAUGAAGCAAUACCCUUAUAUUUUAUACCUUAAAUCUGUGACACUUUAUGCAUGUAUAACAAAAUUUACAUGUAGCUAACACCAUAUUUUAAGUACAUAUACCAUAUUCUCUUAAAGUGAUAGACUGUGAUGUGUAUACAUAAUUUCUAAUUAUGCUUUAUAUAUUUGGAGAAAAAAUAUAUAUAACUGUUGGAUGCAU